AGCUUCGGUCCAGGUGUCAUGGUUGUCUGCUUGUUUUCCAGUCCCACAGCAUGAUACUGCCAGUUUCAUUCUUUCAUAAAUUUUUCCUGUUUUUGUGGUGAAACUUCUCCAUUUCUGCCUCGUCUGGCCUUUAAACUCUCCAGAAGGUUUUCUGGAAUUAUAUAUUUAGUUUUCAAACUACGUUUUUAGUUUGUGAAUUAAAUAUUUUCUUCAAAAUGUAGACACAUUUUCUUAAAUAAACUAAAUUACUACUGUUAAUUUUUUACUUUUGACCUGAAUCUCUUUUCUCAGUGUUGGCCUCAAAACAUUUAAUGUUUUUUUUUUGUUGUUUUUUUUGCUUAAAUUCUGCAGAAACUCAGAACUCGGAAACUUCCUGCUUUCCUGGAAACGAAACAGCAGAUUAGUCACCCUGUGAUGAUUAUGUUAUGCAGUGGUUCAUGACUGCCUGUCGCUCUCCAAACACCCCCAGCUCUCGACCCCUGACCACGCUCACACACCCACACACACACACACGCUCACACACACGUGACGUGACCUGACGCGCCUCUGCGUACAAACAAGAGGAAAAAUGAACCAACAGUGGUUGUAAACAGGCAGAUUUUGAUCUAAAAACUGAGAAAAUGUGUACUUUUACUUUCUCACAAGUUAAAAUAUGAGAUUGAUCUACUGUGGUCUCCGUGAUGCUGCUUGUUCUCUGAAGAACCUCUAAAGCUGCAGGAUUCUUGCUGAAUCCCCAAAAGCGGCUCCUGUCCUCUAGGUGGCAGCAUCGUCCUAAACCUGAAUGGGAUAAAAAUGAAUGAAAGAUGCGUCUUGUAAGAUGUAAAGAAAAAGGUGGAAGAUUAUUAAAAAUGGAUGAUGAUGAUGAUGAUGAUGAUGAUGAUGAUGAUGAUGAUGAUGAUGAUGAUGAUGAGUGGGAAACAGAUGUUGUGAAGAAGAAAGAGGAAAACUAUUGUGAUGAAAAGGUAACAAAGAAUCAAUAUGAUAGUGGAAAUCAAUUAAAAAGUCAAAUAGACUGUUUAUAUCCAAAACAUAUUGUUAAUAUUUACUGAUUAGAUUUAGUGUGAGAUGUUUUUUUUAAUCAUUUCUUCUCAUCAGAUGUUUUGUCUUCCCGGUAGUUUGAUGAGUUGAUCUCCUGAUGGACUUUUCAUCCAGUUGGUUCUGAUCGGUCCCAGUUUGUGAUGCUUCAAACUGUAAAACUCUCCUUCGUUUCCUUCCUGCUCGUAUUAUUUCUGUUGAUCGUUUUAUUUUUGCUCACUUUCAGUUUACCUUAUUGUUUUAUAAACCAGUUCAGCCCAGAAGCGUUUUGAGGGUGUUGGUGAAACACACCAUUAGCUUCAUGCAUUAGCUUCUGCUACAUAGCCUACCGUAUCAGUAUAGCAUUUUAGCAGUAGCUUCAGCUGAAUAUUGUGUUGACAAAGCUUUUUAGCUUUAGCUUCUAAUAAUUGUUGUAGUAGUGCUUUAUCAGUAGCUCACAUUAAAUACCACGUUGGCAAAAAAACAUGUUACUGUAGCUCUGUAGCAUUAGCUCUCACUAAAUCUCGUGUUUUUAUAGCGUUUUAAUAUGAACUUUUACUAAUAUUAUGUUGGCAUAGUGCUUCAGCAUUAGCUUCAGCUAAUUACAAUUUUGGAAUAGCAUUUUAGCGGCGCUCAUAUUUCUGAUUAGAGGUUUAGGGUUUGUGCUGCUAACUCUCUAGCCCUCCCAGCGGUCAGGAGGAUUUAAAAGUCCUGAUGAAUUUGUCUGCUGAUAUGAACUCUGAGAUCUCCUCACGUCGGUUUUAUGUGUUUGUUUCUUAAAAUCGUGUCAUAACUGUUGACCUUUUCACUCCCUCCAACCUCCUGCGCCUGUUUGUGUUUUUUGCAUCUUGUUCUCUGCAGCAUGUGGGACCUUCACGGAAACAUCACAUAGGAAAAUCCGUUACCAUAGAAACACCUUUAAGGCUCCCCCUCCCCCUCCUCCUCCUCAUCUCUGCUGCUAUGCUCCGCCUCCCUCCCCCGUCCCGGAGCGCAGCAUCCCUCCGUCAGUUUGCGCGCGUCGCUCAGGGAAUCAACGCUCCAGAGCCGAUUUUCCCGCCUGUCUGAGCGCUCCGGACAGCAGGCAGAGGAUCGGCCCGUCCUCCUGCUGGAUGGCGGGAUGGAAGCCGUUCACCUUUGACCCAUUGGGGGUUUUGGAGGAGAAUACCAGAUUUUCUGUGGAGGAAGCAGAGAAAUGUGAGAGUAAAAGCAGGUGAAACGUCUCCAGAACCCGACUCUGCUUCCAUUUCCUGCUCUGGACUCUGAGCUCUUUAUUCAUUUGGACCGGCCGUCCUCCAUCAGGUCCUCCUCCCCCCUCCCUUGGUGGCGGUGGACGCUCCCCUCUUCAUCAGGAGGAGAGGAAGAGGAGGGCAGACCACACCCAGAGUCCCAGCAGCUCCGUCCUCCUCUUCCUGGCUGCAGAGUGUCGGUGUGUUUGGUGAGCGGAGCCGGGAUGCUGCUGCUGCUGCCGCUGACCCUGCUGGCUCUUCAAGCCUCAGAUUCAAAUCAAACACAUUUCAAGGUUUUAUCAGCGUUGAUCUGAUCUGGAGUUUUGUUUCCUGUCCCCCCUCCCCCCUCCAUCUCGUUAUUUAAAAUGCCCCGCCCCCUGAGGUGAAAGUUCAGGGUAGCACAUCUUUGGUUGAGAGCGCUGCUGAGGCCUCAGUGGAAACUGCCAGAUGCAGUUUGAGACAGAAACGUUUGGAGCUCCAGCCGGCCUGUGCCGCGGCGCCUGCGUGGAGGUGGACUCGGACACGGAGGCCGUGGCCAACGAGGGCUUCAAGCUGGGCUGCAUCUCCUGCAAGAUGAGGGCCGAGGUUCCGGCCAGAGCCGUGGUCACCUGGGAGUUCAGGGUCAGCGAAGACCAGAACUUCUCUCUGCUCUAUGAGUACGAAGAGAAAAGGGGCGACAUUUUGGACCCGCGUUUCGAGGAGCGUCUGGACUGGAACGGCAGCAAAAACACGGAGGACCUGCAGGACGGCUCCAUCUACAUCCUGAACGUGACCUUCAACGACACGGGGACCUACAGGUGCACCUUCAGGAGAACCCUCAUUUACACCAACUAUAACUUUGAGAACUACACCACCAAGCUGAUCCACCUCCACGUGGUUCCAAAACUAACCAGAAGCAUGGCGUCCAUCCUGUCCGAGGUCAUGAUGUACGUCUCCAUCAUCGGGCUGCAGCUGUGGCUGGUGGUGGAGAUGAUCUACUGCUACAGGAAGAUCUCAGCGGCCGGAGAGGAGGCGCUGAGGGAGACCGAGGCCGAGUAUUUAGCCGUCGCUUCAGAGAGUAAAGAAAACUGCGGCGCCGUCCAGGAGGCAGAGUGACCCGGUUGAUGGAGAGUCCAAGGCGACGUCCCUGAGGAACUCCGCCUCCCUCUCGUCUCUCCUCGUGAUGGAAGCCAUGAGAGAGCGGAGCCGCUGUAAAUACGCUUCACCUCCAGACCGCCUCCCACUGCAUGCUGACCAACAGCCAGUCCUUCCUCACCGUUUGCAUUUAAAGAUGACAUUUUAAAAAGGAAAACGGCAACAAAUAAGUUUUAAAAGAAUAUUUUAAGAACUGCAGCGGCUCACUGCCAACUGUUAAAGUACCUGAAGUUUUUCCCUCUUUAGAUUUUCUUUUCCAAAACCUGCAGAAAAAGAGAAAGACCAACAUUAUUCUGCAGUUAUGCAUCAAAACAAAACUGGUGUCAUGUUUCACGCCUCUGCAUGUUGUUCAAUCAGAGAGGACUCAAUGGCGCUGCAGCAGUGCCACCCAGUGGACCAAAAGAGAAACAACACGUUUCACCUGGAUGCUCAGAGGUUUAUUUAUCAAAUAAAUCAAUAAAUUAAAAUCCAGAGGCCUCAGUUUACACAUAUCACAGCUGAAUAUCCUGCAGAGUAUCAAACUGUGGACAUUCUGUCAGUAACCUGCGUUAUUACAGCUGAAACAUUUUAAUUGUGCAUGUUUACUAACCUGGACCUGGAGGAAAACGGGCCGAUGUGGGAUCUGCUGCUCCGGCGCCGAGGAGAUGAAGCCAUGAAGAGUUUAACAUCCAGCACACUCAGGUCUUCCUCCAUGCAACUCUGGGACCAAAUUAGGCUUAAAAUGACCUUUUCAAAAGGUGCUUUGCCCAGUACAAAGUCGGUAAAUAUUCAAAUACACCUUGCAGUCGGCAUAUUUGGACACUUUUUAGUCUUUGUUCGAUUGCAUGACUCUCCAGAAGUGCUUUAAGAAGUGAACUCAAAGCCGAUUUCUGCCUUCCACCGAUUAUAAUCUGUAAUCAACCGUAAAAUAACUCAAAGCUCCAGCUGAAGCCUCACGCUGCUGCAGCUCAUGAAGUUUAUAUUUCUAAUAUAUUAAUGAAGUCCAGCGUCUUUCUGAGCAGAAUCAGAACUAAAACCCUGCAGAACAUUUACAUUCAGUCCAAAAGUUUCGACAUAAAGAAUAUUCCUGCUUAACGAAGGAAUAACUUACGUUUUAUUUGAUUCAAUGUUGAUCUGUUUUUAACCAACAGAAAACUGAAGCAGAUCAAAUCUCUGAGAAAAGACAGAAAAUCUGAUUUUUUUUCACAUUUAAAUCUCAAAUUUCCCUUUUUUUAAACACGUCUGUUCAUCAGUUUUUCUUCAUAUUUAAAUUUGACCGAAUUGAUUUGGAAAUCUGCUGAUGGUUCUGUAGACGGAUUCCCAUGAGACCAGAACCGGUCAGGAGUUCUGGGAGCUCUCAGAGCGACAAUCAGACCAGAAACGCUGAAAACAGGAAGUUUAGGCGCGGCGCUGAGAAGGAAGCUGCAGCUCAAAGCGAGACUUCCUGAGUUUCACCGGAUCAUCGCAGCAGAACCUGCAGUCCCACUGCAGCAAAUGCUCGACACCAACAAUCAGGAAAGGUCAGAGGUGAAGCCUGGUUUUCAGGUUGGAUAAAGUUCUGGCACUUAAAGGCUUCUGUAGAAAUGAACUUUCUCUUCCUGUUAAAACUUUCUCCACCAGCAGCGUUUUAAUCCAGAUUAGGUGAAAUCUGGAAAAGGGGACGGAGUUUAAUUGGGUGAUUUUAGAAGUUAUCAGUGAUCAUUUGUUGCUAUGCAUGAGAUUGUUACUAUGGUUACACAGCAACCGGAUAAUCCAGAUUAUUUGCACUUUUACAAAGUAAAACUUGCCAAUUUGAAAUCUGAUAUCUAAAUUAAAAUCUCUUCAUGUACUCGCGCUGAAACAGUUUUAAUUUUAAUAAAAAUUUUAAAAUGCUGAGUUUUGUGACGUGGGUCCAGCUGAUGCCUCGGGCCGGCUCUGCUAACUUUAGAUCUUUUGAAACUUGAAGUUGAGCUCCUGCAGCUUUUCUUCCUACCUCCAGUGAACACUAGGGGGCAGCAGAGCGCUGCUCCUCUCUGGGUCCCGGUAACAGAACACCAAGCUGGACGGAACCCGGCUGAGCCGCUCCGCUCCGGUUCUGCUGCAUGGAAACAAGAAAACCGCAGACUGGCUGCAUGUGUCGCCAUGGAAACGUCAGUCCCAACAAUAAAAGCAUGAAUAAAAGUUU